ACCCCAAAGCCAACAGGGAGAAGAUGACACAGAUCAUGUUUGAGACCUUCAACACUCCUGCCAUGUACGUGGCCAUCCAGGCCGUGCUGUCGCUGUAUGCUUCUGGUCGUACCACAGGUAUUGUGAUGGACUCGGGUGACGGUGUCAGCCACACUGUGCCCAUCUACGAGGGCUACGCUCUGCCUCACGCCAUCCUCCGUCUGGAUCUGGCCGGCAGAGAUCUGACAGACUACCUGAUGAAGAUCCUGACAGAGCGAGGCUACAGCUUCACCACCACUGCCGAGCGUGAGAUCGUGCGUGACAUCAAGGAGAAGCUCUGUUACACGGCUCUGGACUUUGAGCAGGAGAUGCAGACAGCAGCUUCCUCUUCCUCCCUGGAAAAGAGCUACGAGCUUCCUGAUGGACAAGUCAUCACCAUCGGCAAUGAGCGGUUCCGCUGUCCCGAGGCGCUCUUCCAGCCUUCGUUCAUUGGUAUGGAGUCGGCUGGUAUCCACGAGACGACCUACAACAGCAUCAUGAAGUGCGACGUGGACAUCCGUAAGGACCUGUACGCCAACACCGUGCUGUCCGGUGGCACCACCAUGUACCCCGGCAUCGCCGACCGCAUGCAGAAAGAGAUCACUGCCCUGGCCCCGCCCACCAUGAAAAUUAAGAUUAUCGCUCCCCCCGAGAGGAAGUACUCCGUCUGGAUCGGUGGCUCCAUCCUGGCCUCGCUCUCGACUUUCCAGCAGAUGUGGAUCAGCAAGCAGGAGUACGAUGAGUCCGGCCCCGCCAUUGUUCACCGCAAGUGCUUCUAAAAUGCUUCCAUGCUCCUCCCCCUCCGCCCUUGCAGGAGUCGCCGUACUUCCACUGUCCCAGCUACACGUGCGUCUGGUUUGUCUCGCGUGGACACGCCUGACGAUGCUGUGAACACGACGGAUCAGGUUUAAGUGUUACAGUAAACGUUUCACUUCAACCACAUUUCAAACACACUUAGCAAUUUGAGUCCAGUUUGAGCUGUUGCAAAGUGUCAGACAGGAAUUUCCACUGCAUCUCUCUGGUCAUGAAACUCUACAAACUGUUAAAGUCUUUCAAUAAAAUAUCAUUUAUUUACUUAA